AAACAUUCUAAUAGGAUUAAUUGUUAAUAGUUCAAACCUAAUUAUGCGUUUCCUUGGAAGCAAGAUGCCUAGAUAUUUUUUAAAAAUAUUAUUAAUUAUAUCAUGCCAUAUUAACAAAAAUUAACCCUUGGAAUGUGGAUAGUAUAAAAUAGCUGCUAUAGCAGUUGUGGUGCUGCAUGCUAAACCAUGUCGUUAGGUUAUAAAAUAAAGGCUGUUAGAGAUAUAAAAGAUAAUCAAUUUGAUUGCAUUUUAUUGAUUUCUCAUAAUGCAAGUGAAGAUGACGCACUUCCACAGGAGUUCAAAAAUGCCAUUGAAGAAGCUGCUGCUCAAGAUGACCAAUUCGAUGAAAUCAGUGUUCAUCAAAUGGAGUUUCCUGCUAAGUGUUUUUUUUAUUCAUCUACGGGACCAAUAAGCCCAGAAUACGACGAUGUAAGGUGCUUCACCCGGGCUGCACGGAAAGGGAUAGCAAGAGUUUUAAAUUCUGGUCUAAAGGCCCCUUUGAUAGUUUUAGGUAAAUACCCUCCUUUUCCUCAGUCUCAACUCGUCUCGUUGCUUGGAGUUAUGGAAGGGCUUUAUGUAAAUCUUCAGUACCGUGAGGACUGCCCUCAUCGUUAUCCUAAAGUCAACAUGAUCGGAGUUCAUAGUCCAGCGAGUCAAAAUAUAUCAAAGCUGAUUUCUGUUGCUAUUGCUUUGGAAACUGGUAGAGUAGUUGCGAGAGACAUCGGUGGUUCUGACCCUGAAAGAAUGACUCCAGAAAGAGUUGAACAAUAUGUGAAUGAAACAUUUCCGGCUGGAGGUAAUGUGAUUAUCGAUGUGGUAUGUAAUGAAGAUACUCUUAACGAAGAAUAUCCACUUUUUUCUGCUGUAAAUAGAGGAGCUUCUGUAAUCGAAAGGCACAAGGGAAGAAUAAUGUACCUUACUUAUGAAGGCUCAUCUGUUACUGACACUCUGUUCAUCGUUGGCAAAGGGGUAACUUAUGACACCGGUGGCGCUGACAUUAAAGUAAGUGGCGGCAUGGUUGGGAUGUGCAGGGAUAAGUGUGGUGCUGCCGCUGCUGCUGGUUUCAUGAAGGUGGUUAGUAUGCUCGAACCAGAGAAUUUGAAGGUCGUUGCUGGCCUCAGUUUAGUCAGAAAUAGUUGUGGUGAGAACUCUUAUGUUGCCGAUGAAAUUAUUACUUCCCGUGCUGGCAAAAGAGUCCGUGUCGUCAACACGGAUGCAGAAGGAAGAAUGGUGAUGGCCGAUGUUCUUAGUUACAUGAAGGAUAUAGCCAAAAGGUCUGUCAAUCCACAUCUCUUUACAAUCGCAACGCUUACCGGCCAUGCCAUGAGAACAGUUGGCGCUGGAUAUACUAUUUUAAUGGAUAAUGGUCCAGCCCGGGUGCAAUCGUUUUCACAACAGCUACAAAAAAGUGGAGAAAUUUUGGGAGAUAUGUUUGAAAUCAGUACCAUAAGGAAAGAAGAUUACGAUGGAUACAGAGGAAAGACUGAAGGUGAAGAUGUUGUGCAGUUAGUGACAUUGCCGCCCCGGGGUCACCAGGGACCGGCCGCUUUCCUCAUCAUGGCCUCUGGUCUCGACGCGCAUGGACUGGACUCGACGGAAUCCAAACUGCGAUAUACUCACUUGGAAAUAGCCGCGUCUGCUGGAGAAUUCCCCCAACAAGCAACCGCUUGCCCUGUUCUUGGAUUAGCUGCUAAUUACUUGAAUAUCCACACCUAGCGCAUGGAGUUGUUAUUUCAAGAAUUAAAAAAAAAAACUUAUAAAAUUUAUGGAAUACCGUAAUCAUUGUUGUAACUUGUAUUUAGUCACAUGACAAAUCUAAACGCA